AAUCGCUUUUAUCUCUUUUAUAUGUACAUUGCCUUAUUGCAUUUUCAGAGAGAAACGGGGAAUCUAAACAGUUUAAAUUGCAGCAAUACAAACCGAGUCGUUUCUCUUUCACGAGAUAUAGAUUGAAGUUCGAAGAAUCAGAGAGAGCUGAACUUUGGAACAACCAAUUUGUGGUAUCAGCUGAAAUACUACAGACACUAGAAAACACAGUAAACGGGUCUUUAUUUGUGAAAUAUUUCCAUGUGUGGAACAAUCCAAUGUUGACGCUGUGCAUGGCGUGCCUGCUUCUCCUGGUACUACUGACCAUUGUCUGCCUCAUAUUGUUUAUUGCAACAUCCGGAAAGGAGAAAGUUAAAGGGUUUCAGCCAGUUGAAUAUGCACUUGCUAUUGGCCUUCCGACGUUGUUUUUGUUAUUUAUGAUCAACGUGAUUGUCAAUUUCUACACUGAUAUUAAUAGGAAAGGUAUACACAGCGUAUACACAAAGGCAGGCAGAAUUUUGGACGCUGACAUUUGGAAAAUUAGCAAGCAAAACAACUCGCAAACCGGAGUGAUAUUCUUCUUAAAGGAUGAUGACAUCUUUAAACCUGUAUCCUUUUCUGUAACAAAAGCAGCAACAACAAGUGUAAUACUAGCAUGAAUUGGGACAUUAUUAAUUUAUCAUCAUGUCAUUUUGAAGGUAUGGGCACAGUCAGUACAGUACAUAAACCCUUAACUAGAGGUGUACUGGUCAGGAACCCAGGCAAUCCUUGCGUGUAUCAGUGCUAUACACUGGGCACGUUAAAGAACCAGGCUGUCUAUUCGAAACGAGCUAGGCUAAGUUAGCCGGAUAAGCCUGUAUCUGAUUUCUGAUCUCUCUGUCGUGGGGGCUUUGUCUCACUCUGUCCCUCUGGUCAGAUCGCUCUGUGUCUGUACUAGUAGAGGAUGAAUUAUGCGCCCUGUGUGGCUGCAUUUGAACUAUGUAAAGCGCCUUUGGCGCUAUAUAAAUCUGGUAUAAUUUAAUGUACAACGCCGGUGAAUAUACUAUGUGUAAAAUUAGGCGUUUAAUCAAAUAAAGCAGUUUCAGUUUUACAGACUCGUGUAUAAUAUAAUUACAAUCUCAAAGGUUGCUGGAUUUAUUGAAUGGCCUUGAAUUGGUAAGGAUUUUUUCUUAACGGAG